AUGGCUGAAAGGGAACCCACGACGAAGAAGAGCCAGGCUCGUCUGAGCUCUUUGUUUAGACGCAAGACAGUCAUUGAAGACAGACAUGAUCCUACUCCUCUUAGUGCACCAGUCCAGGCACCAGUCUCACACUAUCCGACGUACAUCGCCGAAUACCAGUUGAAAUCACAGCCUCAAUCACCGGUAUCUCCUCCUCAACACUCGCACAGUCUGAACCCUGGAAAAGGCAACUAUCGGCCUUAUCCUAGCCCUACUCCAGCUCCAUUUCCAAUCCCAGGGUCAUUAAUCUCCAAAAUUGAGGAGAGGGAGGCCAUGGCCAUGACAAACUCGCAAAAUUCUACUGCAGUCCCUCUCCCGCAAUCUCCGGUGUCAAAUCCUGAAGAGACAGUCGGAUUUUCUCCUGUUAGUGGAAGAGAAGUGACAGGUUUCCCACCUACAGGUCCUCAUAGUUACAACAUCACUCCCAUCAGCUCAGCUAUAUCGAGACCAAGUGUAGUAUCAACUCUCGAUUACUCUAGCCAGCAACCAUAUGAGUACACGCCUCUCGAAACAGGCUUCAUCAGACUCAUCAGAAUUGCGCCGGGCUACAAAACAAUAAUCGAAUGUGAAGUGAUCCAGGCUCUCAUCACUAACACGCCUCAAUAUGUCGCUGUAUCAUACACGUGGGGUGACGUCGGUGAUACCAAAAAUAUCGACAUUGAGGGAUCCCGGGUGCCCAUUACCGUCAAUCUUUACGGAGCAUUGGAAGCACUUCGACAAAGACAAUCAUCCGUGUUGGUUUGGGCAGAUGCUUUGUGUAUUGACCAAAAGAAUACCGAGGAGCGGAGUCACCACGUUCAGCUUAUCCACCAAAUUUAUGCCAACGCCGCGUUUGUCGCGAUAUGGCUUGGUCCUGAAGACAACGACAGCACAAGAGCAAUAGAGCUUCUGUCUAAACUCGCACCGCCGGCUUCUCAGGCUACCCCAGAUCAAGAAGUAUCACGGAUCUUGGCAGAGGGCGCCGAAAACGGAGAUCUUCUGGCUGCUGUGUCGCUAUUUGGAAGAGAUUACUGGAAAAGACUCUGGAUUUCACAAGAGAUCUUCCACGCAAAGCGAAUCGCUGUUCACUGCGGAGAGACAUUUCUCCCUUGGCAAUCAUACAAGACUGCUUCAAUGUUGUUUCGCAGACAUCAUGCUGAACUUCUUUUCAAGACAAAGGGUCCUGAUAUGAGAAGGCCUGACAAGUUUACUUGCGUGCAGACUCUGAUUCAUGGGGGACCAGCUAGCCUUCCAACUCUCAAGUCUCAGGUUCUGAAUGGACAAAACGCCCUCCUUGAAGUACUGAGAGCUAGUCGAAGUCAGAUAGCUUCUGAUCCUCGUGAUAAGCUCUACGGUAUACUUGGUGUUUUACCCGCGCAUAUUCGCAACGGUUUCCGCGUCGACUACAAUCUUUCUGUCAAGGAUGUUUACACCGAAAUUGUGGAAUUUCUUAUUCAAACCACAGAGAAGCUUGACGUUAUCUGUGAGUCUGUACAUUUCCCAAUCAACACAGGAUCCUCCAAUUUGCCUUCCUUCGUUCCCGACUGGUCCCAUAUUCCACUUACAUCGUCCAUGGGCCGCCAGUACGGCUUCAGCGCAUCAGGUCCUACAAAGGCGAUUUGCAAAUUCCAUGAUGAGCGUCUGAACAAGCUUGAAAUAUCAGGCAUCGAAAUUGAUGUCGUGCAGACCAAAGGAAUGGUUGUUGGAACUCUUUGUAAUUUGGGAGACUUCCUUAUGGCAUUUCUACACUGGAGGGCUUUACUUCUUGCAGCUGUUGAAGGCCGAACGACGUUUCAGAUACAGUUGGCAGAGGAGGCUUUUGUAGCGACGAUAUGCCUUGGGCAGAUCACUACCGGUUAUGAUAGAAGCCGCUGGAAGCUGGUAUCCUACCAGGCCAUAGUGAAUCUCUUCCGCGAUCGUCUCCUACAUCUUCCUCUUGAUGAUGUGUUACGAUCGCAUGUUGAUAUACCUACGAACAUCCCACCUGAGGCACGAAGACAGUUUUUUCAGACCAACUUUGGGGAUCGCAUGAUGGGAAGGACUUUCUGUCUUACCCAGAACCGCAGACUUGGAUUAGGAUCUGGAGCUAUGCUUCCGGGGGAUAUUGUGGUUGUGCCGCUGGGUUGCUCGACUCCUGUCCUGCUUAGACCAGAGGGAACACAGGGCGAGUAUAGAUAUGUGGGGGAUAUUUACAUUGAGAAUUACAUGUUUGGCAAGGCGGUUGAUCAGUGGCAGGCUGGAGAGAGGGAGUUGAAGAAGUAUGUUCUUCAUUAA